CUAUGAAGAUAUAAGGGCGGCUAUUCGUAACACCAUCUACAUUGUAAUUUCUACCUGCGUUCGAAUCUAGUGCUUUACAUACUUGAAAGUUUGAUCAACUAAUCAAAAUUCAUUAUUAAAAUUUACUUCAUAUUCUAUAUUUAAUUUGAAGAUGUCCCUAUUACCAUAUUUGUUGGAAGAAUUUUCACGACCAAAUAUGUAUGAUCAGCAUUAUAGUACAGGAAUUUUUGAUGAUAACACCUUGAUACCUUACAAUACUCUGUAUCACACAAUUCCGUCACUGACAAGAAGAUACCCAAGACCAUGGCGUCUAGUAGCUGCACCACAAAGCGGUCUAUCUCAUAUUCAAAAUGACAAGAACAGCUUCAAAGUGAACUUGGAUGUUCAACAGUUUAAGCCAGAGGAAGUAAAUGUUAAAGUAGCCAAUGGUUUUGUGGUAGUUGAAGGAAAACAUGAAGAACGUAGUGAUGAACACGGCUACAUUUCUCGUCAGUUUACUCGGCGCUAUAAAUUACCAGAAAAUGUUGAUCCAAAUAUGGUUACGUCGAAAUUAUCAUCAGAUGGCGUUUUAAGUGUUGGUGCACCAAAAAAAGCUAUUGAAAAUAAAAAAGAUGAGCGUUCAAUUCCAGUAGUUCAAACUAACCAACCAAGUGUAAAAGUUUCCGACAAAAAGGAAAAAAAUGGGGUUGAAAAAAUGGAAACAUAAAUUUUUGUGUGUAAAUCAAAAACCUAUUAUUAGAUAGAUGGUAAACUUAAUUUUAAUUUUUUUUUAUUUAAUUUUAACUUGUGUUUAUAAUAAAUUAUAAUUCUCAUUGUUUUUUAUAUUUAUAUUAAGUUAAUGUUAUUAUCAUAAAAUAUGUUUGUCUUGUUUGUUUUAAUUUAAUAAAAGUUAUAAUUUUUAUAAAG